AUGAACUCCUUCCUCCGCUCCGCACACCUCCCCCAAUUAACCUCAUCACACCCGCACGUCGAGUUCAAGAUCAGCCCGCGCCCCGGGAAGCACCCCGUGCUGAAAGCGCAGUACGUCAACGGCCGCGAGAAGGCCGUGUGCGUGCGCAACCUGCGCGUCGAGGAGAUCCGUCAGAAAGUAGAGGGGCUGCUGGGGAACGAUGGCAAGAAGAAUCGGAGGUUGGGGGCGAGGAAGGUCGUGGCUGCGAAUGAGAGCGUGAGGGGCGUUUGGAGUCCGAUGCAUGGCGGGAUCAAGAGGAUAUGA